UAAUGAAAAGAAUCCUAAUCUGUUUGCUUUUCAUAUCUUUAAUAUCUUGUAAGGCUAUCAAUCACCUUGGAGAUACCGUUAAAAAGGACGAUAGUAAGAAAGAAGAACCCAAAAAGGAUGAUAGUAAGAAAGAAGAACCAAAAAAGGAUGAUAGCAAGAAAGAAGAACCGAAAAAGGAAGAAAAGAAAGAUGAAAAGAAAGAUGAAAAGAAAGAUGAAAAGAAAGAUGAGAAGAAGGAUGAGAAGAAAGAUGAGAAGAAAGAUGAAAAGAAAGAUGAAAAGAAAGAUGAGAAGAAGGACGAGAAGAAAGAUGAAAAGAAGGACGAGAAGAAAGAUGAAAAGAAGAAAGAUGAAAACAAGGAUGAGAAGAAAGAUGAGAAGAAAGAUGAGAAGAAAGAUGAGAAGAAGGAUGAGAAGAAGGAUGAGAAAAAAGAUGAAAAAAAGGAUGAGAAGAAAGAUGAGAAGAAGGACGAGAAGAAAGAUGAAAAGAAGAAAGAUGAAAAGAAGGAUGAGAAGAAGGAUGAGAAGAAAGAUGAGAAGAAAGAUGAGAAGAAAGAUGAGAAGAAGGAUGAGAAAAAAGAUGAAAAGAAAGAUGAGAAGAAGGACGAGAAGAAAGAUGAAAAGAAGGACGAGAAGAAAGAUGAAAAGAAGGAUGAGAAAAAAGAUGAAAAGAAAGAUGAGAAGAAAGACAAGAAGGAUGAAAAGAAAGAGGAAAAAAAAGAUGAAAAGAAAGAGAAGGACGAGAAGAAAGAUGAAAAGAAAGACAAGAAGGAUGAGAAGAAAGAUGAGAAGAAAGAAAAGAAGGAUGAGAAAAAAGAUGAGAAGAAAGAAAAGAAGGAUGAAAAGAAAGAGGAAAAGAAAAAAGAUGAACCAAAAUAAAGCCCUGAAGAAAAAAAAUUCAGAUCAUGCAUUGAAGAUAAAUGCGAAUCAUAAGCAAAAGGUUGUGACAAGAGUUGCAACUAAAAAUUAGAAUCAUGCAAGAAUGUAGUUUAUGUUGCUGGAUAUCAAGCUGUAAGGCUCUUAAUAUUAUAUUUUUAGUAUUUGGAUUGCAUUAAUGAAAGUAAGCCUGCUGUUGCCCUACUUGAAUGUGUUUAAUCUAAGUGCUUGUAGUGAA